GAGCCGAUGUACCUUAGGCGCCACUUGAUGGAGCUGACAAGGACCAAUCGAAGGUGAUGGGGAAAAUCUGCCCUCAAUAUGGACGUGGCUGCUUACGGUACGUCUCGAAACGUGCGAGGAUUGGACGCCUGGUUGGAAUCGACUUUGGUCAACAUCAUGGCAAGGCAGAGACGUAUAUUCGGACCACCAGGCCUUUGAUGUCCAAUGUCCUUUCUGUGUUUACACUAGCAUUGCCAAAGUGUAUCCUGACUUCGAAAUCCCCAACAUCAGAGGGCGUGUUUGUGGCUGAAGGAUGGGUUCGUACGUUUCCAAGCCUUCUUCGCCCCCACGGAUCGCCUCCGAUACCGUCAUCCCUCUACACUACUUUGACGACAACUCUAUGCUUCGCUCCUUCGUCCCCGAGGUCACCUUACGUUUUGACGAUGUUUUGGACGUGGACAAGAUUCGGAACGCUUUGGACCGCUUGCUGAGCAGGAAGGGAUGGCGUAAAUUAGGAGCACGAGUUAGGUUCAAUAGCAAGGGGAAAUUGGAAUAUCACAUUCCAGAGACCUAUACCCCGGACCGACCUGGCUACAUUCUCACGGAAGACAAAUACAAUGUGCGUAUCGAGGAACACCCGGUUGGAGCGCAACUACCACAUCCAGUGGGUAAGGAUAAGACGCGACCUUUAUUCUUCGGCGAUCCAUUCUCUUUCGCCUCCAUAACUAGACAUCCGGAUACACCCAAGACGAUGGAAAAGUGGCUACAUUGCGACGUUCCGCAGCUGUUUUUUCACGUGACCUCGUUUGAAAAUGCUACCUUAUUCACAACCACCUGGCCGCAUACGCUGGCUGAUGCGAUGGGCUUUUCGAUGAUUCUCAAUUCAAUCUCGCUGAUCUUGCAAGGCAAGGACCACUACGUUCCUGAAUAUCUCGGCGCCGAAGAAGACUUGCUUCAGACACUGGGGACGACAGCAAACCCGAAGGAUUUCGUGCUCCACGACUAUCUGCUCUCAGGAUUUGCCGGCCUACGAUUUGGCCUGUAUCUUGCCCUGGACAUGUUUAUCAACCGGAGAAACACACUUCGCGCAAUCUGCGUGCCUCACACAUACUUUCAGCGCAUCUACGAGGAGACUCUGGGCGAGCUGAAUCUCACCAUCGAUCCGAAGUCUACGUGCCGGGUUCAACUUCCCGACGAAAAGUUCGUAAGUGAGUCAGAUGUCCUCUUUGCCUGGUGGUCGCGCAUGCUUCUUUCGGCGCUUAAGCCUCGGCGUAGGGAUGCGCCUGUUGGAUUAAUGAACGUCUUCGAUUACCGCGCUGAAUUUCCACACUUGCUACCUAAGCAGGGUGUCUACGUUGGUAACGCAACAUUUGGAGGUUUCACGCUUCUCACUUGUCAGCAAAUAUUGACCAGCACGCUUGGCUUUGUGGCUCAGCGCCUAAGGAACAGUCUAAACGAACAACGCACUCGUCCCCAAAUCGAGGCCGUGGCUGCGGCGCACAGGGAGGCUCUAGACAAAACAGGUUUCACGGCCAUGUUUGGGCAGCCUGACCAGUAUCUCUUCGCUCUGUCAAAUUGGCAUCGAGCCAAGCUGUUCCAGGUCGACUUCUCCGCUGCUCUCGUCGAUCCCGCGAAGAAAGAGCAAAACCGACUGGCCGGCAAACCUUCCUACGUUCAUCCGGUAGGGUACAACAACGGUUUUGCAAUCCGUAACUUUGGUGCGGUGUCUGGUAGAGACCACGAAGGAAACUGGUGGCUAAGUUGGUUCACAGGCGAUGACACGUGGGAUAUCAUAGAGAAAGAGAUGGCAAAACUGCUAGAUUGAUAUCCCCGAAUCUUAGAUCCAAACUAUUUGCGAUAUCGGGUUAGAUUAUGCCUUGAUCUAAAACGUUUGGCGGAGUCAAUUCAUUGCACAAAAGUCUCCCGUACUCUCGAAGCUGGAGUUGUAAAAUCUUGUUGAGAGCCGAACAGCUACACCAGAGCAUGCCACAAUCUACAACGACGAUAAACAGCACAAUAUUCUUGAGU